ACUCAAUUCAAAAAAUUAGGGUUUAUGAAUUGAUUAAUUUACUUUUGGAAAAAACUAGGUGGUAAUUUUUUUUUUUAAAACUUGAGGUGGUAUUUUCAAUUUUUGCAACAAUAGUUGGUGAUAAUCAUCAAAUUUUCCUAAAAGUUAUGAUAUAUUCUCUAAAUCUGUGGUUUACAAAUCUUUAUUUUUUUACGGGUACAAAUCGUUAUUAUUGUAGAUGCCGUAUGACUAUUAUUUAAUGAUAUUAUUACUUCCUGUUCAAAAAAAAAGGGGUUAGAAUAGAACCUAGUUCUUGUGUUUCUCUUGGUUGUACUUGUACCAUUCCAAAAAAAUAAAAAAUAAAAAAUAAUAAAAAAAAAGGUUAAAGAAUAAAAAUCACAAAAAAGAAGAAGAGGGGUUUAGUAGAGGGUUUUGCGGUCAAGCAUACAUCUGCUAAGCAAACAACAAUGGCAGCAGCUUCAAUCGGCGGAAGAUCUACAUUCAUACGCACAAUUUGCAAGAAGAAAACUCCAUUUUCAAUUCCAUCUUCUUCUUUUCCUCGAUUCUCCAUUAAUUCAUCUCCUCCAAUCUUCCUUCGUCGUACUCCAAUCUCCCCUUCCCCCUUUCCUUCUUCAUUCAGAGUUCGCCGUGAAUUAUGCUCGCUUAUUCCUGCUUAUAGCGCCAUUGCUUCGGCUUGCCUUGUUUCCAGGCUUCCUGAUGGACUUGAUUCCUCUGCUGAAUGUAGAUUUGCCAACUAUGUCAGUCCCAUCUAGAAGCAGACUAGUCAACUGGGUGCUCCCUUCUGCAAGUAAAGGAGCUCUUUCUUUUCUUCUAUUCUAGUUGUACUAAGGUAUCUUUUAUAUGGCCUUUUGAUGUUAUUGUUUACUAUGAAAAUUAAAUUUUAGCUUAGAAAUAUAUUCUGACAAGCUAUUAGGUAGUGAGCAUUUAUGUAUACAGUCCAAUUUGGCACAACAAAUGUCAUUUGAAGAUAGAGACUUUACCAAAUGUCAAGCCAAAUUAUAUUUUUGAGCUUCCACUGCUUUUCUUUAUGGAUUAAACCUCUUGCGAAUAAUGUUUAUUGAAGAAGUCAGUAAUUUUCUUUCCA